GGGCACGGGGGAGGGCGCCCCGCCCUGCCCUGCCGGGUAGUGGGUUCCCAGUCCUCGCGGGGCCGCUGUUGCUUCCCGGUCGAGAGCGCGGGCGCCGAGGGGACCCACCCGGACCUCCCCCACCCGCCAUGGCGCCCCCGGGGCUCCUCGUGACUGGCGCCUCCUUCCUGACGUUCCCGGGGCUGCACUGGGGGCUGCGGUUGCUGCCCACACCGGGGCCCGCCGCUCGGGACGGCUGGCGGUGGCGGAACCUCUGCGUGUCCCUGGUACACAGCCUGCUCUCGGGGAUCGCGGCGCUGCUCGGGCUGAUCCUGCACCCUCAGAUGGCCGCCGACCCUAUCCAGAGCCACCUGCGCUGGGCCCUGGUGCUGGUAGCGGUGUCUGUAGGUUAUUUCCUGGCCGAUGGAGCUGACCUGCUGUGGAACCAGCGCCUGGGCAAGACCUGGGAUCUCCUCUGUCAUCACUUGGUGGUGGUGAGCUGCCUCAGCACUGCUGUUCUGUCCGGCCAGUACGUGGGCUUCUCCAUGGUGUCUCUGCUCCUGGAGCUGAACUCUGCCUGCUUGCACCUGCGGAAGCUGCUGCUGCUUUCUCGCCAGGCCCCGUCCCUGGCCUUCAGCGUGACCAGCUGGGCCUCCUUGGCCACCCUGGCCCUCUUCCGCCUGGUGCCGCUGGGAUGGAUGAGUCUAUGGCUGCUCCAGCAGUGCCACCAGGUUCCUCUUGCUCUGGUCAUCCUGGGUGGAGUUGGGCUGGCCACUGUGGGCGUCAUGAGCAUCGUAUUGGGUAUCCGCAUCCUUGUCAGUGACGUUCUGCGGUUUCGACCCCAUCCAUCCAUCCCCAGGCAUGAGAAAACCAGGAGGACCAGGACACGUGGUGACGAUGGACCCGUCACCAGGGACAGUUCCACUAUCAACCUGAAAGACUAGAGAGAAGCCAUGGCCUCUCCCUGGGGGAGAUGAGGCCAGGGCCAGGGCCAGGAGAUGACGGUCUUCAGUGCACAGUCUCCAUCAGGGUGAGGCACACUGACUAUCAGCAUCUCAGGGUGUCUUCCAGCUAA